GCCAUCCAGCCGUUGGACGGAUGAGACGUUAGGAGAAAUUAGGAAACAGUGAGAAUAGCAAGAAAUAGCAGUUACUGUUUACUGGGGAACUGAUACGGCAAGGCUGGAAACGGCGGAUAGAAGAGAGACGAACUAGUUUAAGCAGUUCAAGGAAACUGGUUAGCUAGUUAUCACUUUGUAAUUAUAUAGAAAUUAAGACUGGGCUUCGCGAAAGUGAAAACUACCAAGCUAGCUCGGUUCAUUUGAGAGUCCAGAGGUUGGGGGAAUUUCAGCGGGACUCGGUGACAAGCUGUGAAUUAGACUCACCUGCUAGAGGGACCGCAACCUCCGGACUUCCAGAGCAGCUACACGGGGGGAAUUUUUGAAAACACAGCCGAGCCUGUAGUACCUCAGCUCCGAAGAAGAAGAGGAGGAGGAGGAGGAGAGGGAGAGCACGGCAGGCACAAAGAGCGGAGAGCAUCCAGAGAGGGGAGGAAGGAGGACGGGACAACAACGGGGACCCAGCAUCCUCUUUAAUUUCACAACCACACAAGGAAACUAUCUGCCCGUACACAUCAUCUGAAAAACGGGAUCCUGAACGCUGUUUAUCCACCAAAAGGGAUACCUGCUCCUGAUCUGUCUGCCCCUCGGCCCCUGCAGUAUCCAGUCAUCCUCUCCACACUGUCCUGAUGAAGGAGGCCGACGCCAUCAAGCUGUUUGUGGGACAGAUUCCCCGGAAUCUGGAAGAGAAGGACCUCAAGCCAAUCUUCGAGCAGUUUGGCAAAAUCUAUGAGCUAACUGUGAUUAAGGACAAAUACACUGGCAUGCACAAAGGAUGUGCGUUUCUGACGUACUGUGCGAGGGAGUCGGCGCUAAAAGCCCAGAGCGCUCUUCACGAGCAGAAAACACUACCGGGAAUGAAUCGGCCAAUCCAGGUGAAACCAGCGGACAGCGAGGGCAGAGGAGAAGACAGGAAGUUAUUUGUGGGCAUGCUGGGAAAGCAACAGAGCGACGAGGAUGUCAGAAGGCUGUUUGAGCCCUUUGGAAGCAUAGACGAGUGUACUGUGUUAAGAGGACCUGAUGGCACCAGCAAAGGGUGCGCUUUCGUAAAAUUCCAAGGACACGCUGAAGCCCAGGCUGCCAUCAAUAGCUUGCAUGGAAGCCGCACAAUGCCUGGAGCAUCGUCCAGUCUGGUGGUGAAGUUUGCCGACACAGAGAAGGAGCGGGGGCUGAGAAGGAUGCAGCAGGUGGCCUCCCAGCUCGGCAUCUUCAGCCCCAUGACCCUCAACUUCCCCGCCUAUAACGCCUACACGCAGGCGGUCAACGCACAGCUUGUCCAACAGCAGGCCCUGGUCGCCCAGUCAGCGUACUUGUCUCCUGUGGCAACAGUUGCUGCCGUACAGAUGCAGCAGAUGGCGGCACUCAAUGCCAACGGAAUCAUUGCCACACCCAUUACACCCAUCACACCAUCCUCGGGUACAAACACUCCACCAACUAUCGCAGCAACGCCUGUACCAGCUCUCCCUCCACCAAUGGGAGUGAAUGGCUAUAGCAGUGUGCCAGCCCCAACCAAUGGACAACAAGCAACAGAAGCACUAUACACCAAUGGUGUUCACCCAUAUCAAGCUCAGAGUCCAGCAGCGGCCCUGGACCCUCUACAGCAGGCAUAUGCAGGCAUGCAACACUACACAGCGGCGUACCCUGCUGCCUACGGAUUGGUCGGGCAGCCGUUCCCCCAGCAGCCAACACUGGUUGCCCAGCAACACCAGCAGCCCCAGCAACAGCAGCAGAGAGAAGGUCCGGAGGGUUGUAACAUCUUCAUCUACCACCUGCCCCAGGAGUUCAGUGACUCUGAGAUGUUGCAGAUGUUCCUGCCCUUUGGCAAUGUCAUCUCAGCGAAGGUGUUUGUUGACCGAGCCACCAACCAAAGCAAAUGCUUCGGAUUUGUGAGUUUUGACAACCCAGCUAGUGCUCAGGCCGCCAUCCAGGCCAUGAACGGCUUCCAGAUCGGCAUGAAGAGACUGAAAGUGCAGCUCAAAAGGCCCAAAGAUGCCAACCGCCCAUACUAAGUGACAACUGAGAGGAGGAAGAAGACAUAAAGAAGAGGUGACCUUUCAGAGUCCAGCCGAGGUGGAAUCCCAGGGUUCGUAGUGCUUUCAGACCGUCCACUACCUUUGAGCGUCCAGAGAGUGCAGCCACACACACACAAAAACACACACAUCCACAUGCACUCUCAACACUGAGCCUCAAAUGGUACAAGGCUGAUAUACAAAUGUACAUAAAAUGCACAAACACACAUAAAAAACACAGUUGACAUGAGUUGGUACUCUUACACAUACAACUGAGAGCUUGGUUUGACCAUGGUCUGUGUGCUGUUUGCCACCAGGGUGUUUUAAGACAACACCGACCAAGCAUGUAUGGAAGGUACUGAUGAAAAAAGCUGAUAUAUCACUGCAAUAGACUUUAAUGUGUCUAUACCAUGUCUAUUACAUGACAAAUAUAAAGGGGCCGAUGUUUCAUAAUAAAAAAAGAAAGAAAGUACAAAAAAGACGAUUAAAUGAGUAGGUUAGAGAGACUUUGGAGAAAAUCCUAAUGACUUGUAAAUAAUUUAGUUUACAAAGAGCAGCAUUUAAAAAACAAGAAAAAAUGCAAAAAGAAUACUACUUUAGAUAAACACUGAACAGGACACAGCAACAUUAAUGUUAUUAUUAUUAUUAUCAUUAUUAUUAUUAUUAUUAUUACCACUAGUAACAUCAUCAUCCUCAUAAAGGGAUAUUACAUUCCAAAUUGUAAAAUAGGAAAUCACUAACCUAUUUUAAAUUUCUACUUAGAUUUUAGGUGAAACUUGGG